GACACAGGGCGCUGGAGUUCUUCCCUCUUCAGGAGGGUCGCGUGGACUUCAAAAAGCUACUCCUAGAACACCAGGACGCGUAUCAGGCUGGAACCGUGUUCCCCGACGCUUUCUACCCCAGCAUCUGCAAAGGAGGGAAGUUCCAUGAGGUGUCUGAGAGCACUCACUGGACCCCGUUCCUUAAUGCCAGCAUCCAUUACAUCCGAGAGAAGUACCCCCUUCCCUGGGAGAAGGACACGGAGAAGCUGGUGGCCUUCCUGUUCGGAGUCACCUCUCACAUGGUGGCCGACGUCAGCUGGCACAGCCUGGGGGUUGAGCAAAGAUUCCUGAGGACCAUGGGAGCCAUCGAUUUCCAUGGCUCCUACUCUGAGGCGCACUCGGCCGGUGACUUUGGAGGAGACGUGCUGAGCCAGUUCGAAUUCAAUUUUAAUUACCUUGCCAGGCACUGGUACAUCCCCACCCAAGACCUCCUGGGCAUCUACGAGACCCUGUACGGCCGGGAAGUCAUCACCGCGGCCGAGAUCGCUGACUGCUCUCACCUUCAGUUCCUGGAAAUGUUCGGCGAGGUGCUGGCUGUGUCCAAGCUGUACCCCACGUACUCCUCCAAGUCCCCCUUCCUGGUGGAGCAGUUCCAAGAGUACUUCCUGGGGGGUCUGGACGACAUGGCGUUCUGGUCCACCAACAUCUACCGCCUGACCAGCUUCAUGUUGGAGAACGGAACCAGUGGCUGCGACCUGCCCGAGAACCCCCUGUUCAUCUCCUGUGGCAGCCAGCAGAACCACACCCAGGGCUCAAAAGUGCAAAAAAAUGGUUUUCACAUGAAUCUGACGGUAUCCCAAACUAAGGAUACUGAAAGGAACAUCAACUAUACCGAAAGAGGGGUGUUCUUCCACGUGGAUACCUGGGCCCCGGACUCCAUAUCCUUCCUGUACCAGGCUCUGGGGAGGAACAUCCAGGCCAUGUUCCCGGGUGGCUCCCGGGAGCCGCGGAAGCACGUGUCCAGCGCCGCGGCCUCGUACUUCUCGGCCACGCCCUAUGCGAGGCUCGGCUGGGCGAUGACCUCGGCCGACCUCAACCAGGACGGGUACGGUGACCUCGUGGUGGGCGCACCGGGCUACAGCCGGCCCGGCCACGUGCAGGUGGGGCGCGUGUACCUCCUGCAUGGCAACGACCUGGGCCUGCCGCCGGUCGACCUGGACCUGGACAGGGAGGCCGACUCCAUCCUGGAGGGCUUGCAGCCCUCAGGUCGCUUCGGCUCGGCCGUGGCCGUGCUGGACUUUAACCAGGACGGCGCGCCUGACCUGGCGGUGGGAGCGCCCUCGGUGGGCUCCGAGCAGCUCACGUACACGGGCGCGGUGUACGUCUACCUGGGCUCCCCGCAAGGACUGUCGCCCUCUCCCAACAUCACCGUCUCCUGCCAGGCCGCCCACUGUACCGCGGGCUGGACGCUCCUGGCUGCCGACGUGAGCGGGGACGGCGCGCCCGACCUGGUGGUCGGUUCCCCCUUCGCACCGGGCGGAGGGAGGCAGAAAGGCGUCGUGGCCGCCUUUCACUCCGGCCCCCACCGUGAUGACAAAGGUGUGCUGAGCGUGGAGAGCGCCGACUGGGUGGUGUCGGGCGAGGAGGACUUCGCCUGGUUCGGGUACUCCCUGCACAGCGCCUGUGUGGACGGUGGCUCCGUACUGCUCGUGGGCAGCCCCACCUGGAGCCACGGGGAGCAGCAGAGCCUUGGGAGGGUGUACGGCUACUCCCUGCCCAGCCGCCACCCCCGGUUCACCAUCUCCGGAGACAAGGCCAUGGCGAAGCUGGGCACCUCCCUGUCCAGUGGCCUCGUGAUGGUGGACGGAGCCCGGACACAAGUGCUUCUGGUGGGCGCCCCGACCCAUGACGACGUGUCCAAGAUGCUCUUCCUCCCCGUGACCCUGCACCACGCCGGGACCACCCACAUGUACAGGCUGGAGCCCGUUCUGCUCAGCACCUUCCGCGGGGACCGCCGCUUCUCGCGGUUCGGUGGCGCGCUGCACCUGAGCGACCUGGACGGAGACGGCCUCGAUGAGAUCCUCACGGCCGCGCCCCUGCGGAUAACGGACGUGACCUCUGGGCUGAUGGGAGGCGAGGACGGCCGUGUCUACAUGUACAAUGGCAGUCAGAUCACCCUCGGCGACAUGACGGGCCAGUGCAGAGGCUGGGUCACGCCGUGUCCGGAGGAGAAGUUGGGAGCGCGCUGGCCACCGUGCGGUCCAAGCAGCGGGCCCAGGUUGUCGUUGCCGCGGGAAGGAGUUCUCUGGGAUCCCGCAUCUCUGGAGCACUUCACGUGUACAGCUUUGACGCCAACUGAGGCCCCCAUCCGCCCCCCACCCCUCCCUUGUGCCACCGUCACCUCCACCCACAAGUGCUCCGGGGAACGACGCAGCACAGUGCAGCCCGCCCGCCUGGCAAGGGCGCAGUUCAUCCUGGAGCACGCCUACGACCACGCCCGGGCACGUGAGAGCGUGGACCCGUGGCCCACCCUGCCGACGCUGGCUUCCGUGGCACCUGAACCUCUUCCCCAGCUCGCGGUCUGCACCAGACCUGCCGUGCGGCCGUGUCCUGAUGGCAGAGUCCUCCCUGAGGUCCCCCCUCAGACACCUCUGCCCAGCCCUAGCAGUACUCAUAGCCGAACGUACUGGCUGCUGGGGCCACUGCAGAGUGAUGACGAGGGCGGUGCUCGGAGAGGCAUGCCUGGGGGGCACGCUGUGGGGUAGGCGUGACCUCACCUGUCAUCCGUCUUGUCUUAGCAGGUCUGUGCGUUUCAGUGUGUCAGAUAAGAGCAAAUACGAGACUUAAUCACGAUCACUUUUAGCUCUGA